AUUAUGUCAAAGUCUUGGUUAGAAAAACCCAAAAGACCACUUGAUAUUAAUUUUGAUAUCAAAACCAUACGGAAUCAAGUCAAAGAUAAAUUAGUACCACCUUUUCAAUACAAUAAUAACUCUGGAUCCAAGCAAUUUAAUUCGUUUAGGUAAAACAAUAAUCUAUGGCAGAAAAGAAAACUUGCCUACUGUUCCUUCAUUCGACAACUUAUAAGCUAGAAUAAGGGAUUUCUCAUACACAAGACUUUAAUCAACCUCCUCUCUUCAAUCUAAAAUAACAUCAACCAAAAAAUAUGACGAGUAGUCUCCUUAGAAAACAAUGAGGUAUUAAAUUAAUGACUCUUAGUUCAAUGGGAUUUAGAAACAACAUACAAAGUUAUAGACAACAAUCAAUAAUUUACUAACCUGUUGAAUUAAAUUACAGAACCUAAUAAAAAAGAUCAUUAGUUGAGAAUAUAUAAUUGAAUGAAAUUGUAUCUUUAAGAAAUAAGAUCGAAUCAUCCUAUUCAAACAGAAAUUCACUCCAAGCAAAGUAAAGAGAUCUAAUCAAUAUCUAGUUAUGUUAGUGAACUUGUGAAAUUAGCUUAAGCAAUUACAAAUGCAUUGAAAUGAGCCUUAUUUAGUUUAGAUUAUGAC